GAAGCGUGGAGUUUUUGAGUACAAAAAGCCCAUUCUCCCGGCGGGAAGGUGUCAUACACUUGUGGUCCGUCUACAGUACAAUUCUUGUUGCCAGUUUUAAGGGAUAGCAGAUAACGACCAUGAAGGUGGAAGUUGCUUUAUUGCUUUUAGCUGCAUCAGCUGCUGCUGUGAGCGCCUAUCGCGUUUGGUCAGGCGACGAGUGUAGGAGGUACUGUGGGUACCAUACCAGCUAUGUAUGUUCUACAGGGGAGGUAACCUAUGACAACGAGUGCAUGCUGAAGUGCGACCGGGCCUACAAACAGUGUGAUGGCCGAUGUCCCUGCUACAGGCCUCCCCGACCGAUAUACUAUGAACCGAGACCAGUUGAACCCCAGGAGCCUGUGUACGUGUACAACGAGCCACUACCCCAAAAUGACUGUAGGUGCAGUCCAGAUAAAGAUUAUGUGUGUACAUACGAUGGCGAAACCUACGAUAAUGAGUGCGAAGCAAACUGCGACGGAAAAGUCAAGAUGUGUGACGGUCAGUGCCCAUGCACAUAGAUGGACUGUGGGCGCGAACGUGGAAGCUUUUUGUAUCUAAGAUGUAUAAUAUCGAAUAAAUACAAUGUAUAAAAAAACAUCAAAAUUAUGUUUCUAAAUGUUUUGACAAAAUGGUUGCGGCACUUCAAUUGGUAGGUGAUGUUUUGCAAAUGUAACAUAACAAAGUCAACAUCGUGUUGAUACUUCUGUUAUUUUUGUGCUUCUUUUGGAUCAUUGUUUCAAGUCAAUGUUACUGUGUGGCAUAUAAAGUAGUUUUGUCCAGGCCAGGGCAAAUCGGCAUGAGGUGUAUUUCAUAUACAAUAACCUACCAUGAACAUAUUCAAUCAAAGGCGUUUGCUAAUACUUCGCCUCAUUUCGUCCUAUGUUUCAAACGGAUUUUUUACUCCAGAACUAUAGUUUUUACAUGUGGUACAGCGCCCGCAUUAGUGGCCUUCGUGGUCGAGUGGUUAAGGUCGCUGACUUCAGAUCACUUGCCCUCCACCAAGGUGGGUUCGAGCCUCCCUCUGGACGUUGAAUUUUUCAUGUGAGGGAGCCAACCACCUGGUUUAUGGAAAGUCAGUGGUUCGACCCAGGUACCCGCUCGUAAUGAAAUAAUGCAUGGAGGGGUACCUGGGGUCAUUAUCCACCAUCAACGCUUGAAAGUAGCCGUAUGACCUAUAAUUGUGUCGGUGUGAUGUUAAACCCAACAAAAACAUAAACAAGAAGCAUAGA